CCUCGGUCUGCGCGGCGGCGGCGGGACCCGGGCCGCUGGUGCGAGCUCCGCCUCUGGCCCGACGAUGGCGCUCCGGCGGGCAGCGCGGGCUCUGCUCCUCCUCGCCGUCCUGCUGGCGCGGCCCGCCGGCCUCGGGGCGCAGGAGGAGGACGGCGACGGCGACGAAGGCUACGGCGAGGAGAUCGCCUGCACGCAGAACGGCCAGAUGUACCUGAACCGGGACAUCUGGAAGCCCGCGCCCUGCCAGAUCUGCGUCUGCGACAACGGCGCCAUCCUCUGCGACAAGAUCCAGUGCCAGGAGGUGCUGGAGUGCGCCGACCCCAUCACGCCCGCCGGGGAGUGCUGCCCCGUCUGCCCGCACAGCUCCGGGGGCGGCACCGGCUUCGGCAGAGGAAGAAAGGGAGAAAAGGGAGAGCCAGGAUCCGUGCCUGUUGUGACAGGCAUCCGCGGGCGUCCCGGACCCUCAGGCCCCCCCGGAUCUCAGGGACCCCGAGGAGACAGAGGCCCCAAAGGAAAACCCGGUCCUCGUGGUCCUCAGGGAAUCGAUGGGGAGCCAGGUGUUCCCGGCCAACCAGGUCCCCCGGGGCCUCCCGGACACCCGUCCCACCCCGGACCCGACGGCAUCAGCAGGCCGUUCUCCGCGCAGAUGGCCGGGCUGGACGACAAGGCCGGACUCGGGAGUCAGAUGGGGCUGAUGCCGGGCUCCGUGGGUCCUGUUGGCCCCAGGGGACCUCAAGGGCUACAAGGGCAGCAAGGUGGCGUUGGCCCUGCAGGACCUCCGGGGGAGCCUGGGGAACCCGGACCGAUGGGUCCGAUUGGAGCGCGUGGACCAGAGGGCCCUCCUGGAAAACCCGGCGAAGAUGGCGAUCCCGGGAGGAACGGGAACCCCGGUGAAGUGGGAUUCUCCGGAUCGCCGGGAGCCCGAGGAUUCCCCGGGGCGCCGGGUCUGCCAGGCCUGAAGGGUCACCGCGGACAUAAAGGUCUUGAAGGCCCUAAAGGUGAAGUUGGAGCAACCGGUUCCAAGGGUGAAGCCGGGCCUACGGGCCCAAUGGGUGCCAUGGGUCCCAUGGGUCCCAGGGGCAUGCCGGGAGAGCGAGGCCGGCUGGGGCCGCAGGGCGCUCCGGGACAACGAGGUGCACAUGGUAUGCCUGGGAAACCCGGGCCGAUGGGUCCUCUUGGGAUACCUGGCUCCGCCGGUUUUCCGGGGAAUCCUGGGAUGAAGGGAGAAGCAGGUCCCACCGGGGCCCGAGGCCCUGAAGGCCCGCAGGGGCAGAGAGGCGAGACGGGGCCGCCGGGGCCAGCGGGCUCCCAGGGCCUCCCGGGCGCCGUGGGGACGGACGGUACUCCUGGCGCCAAAGGCCCGACGGGUUCCGCAGGCCCCUCCGGGCCUCCUGGUCUGGCAGGGCCCCCCGGAUCCCAAGGACCUCAGGGCAGCACUGGCCUUCCCGGAAUCCGCGGCCAACCGGGCGACCCAGGCGUCCCGGGCUUCAAAGGAGAAGCUGGCCCCAAGGGGGAACCGGGGCCCCAUGGCAUUCAGGGUCCCAUCGGCCCCCCCGGUGAAGAAGGCAAGAGAGGUCCCCGCGGUGACCCCGGCGCAGUUGGUCCUCAAGGGCCGGUGGGAGAAAGGGGAGCUCCUGGCAACCGCGGUUUUCCGGGCUCGGAUGGCUUACCGGGACCCAAGGGGGCGCAAGGAGAGCGGGGUCCUGUGGGCUCCUCAGGCCCUAAAGGCGGGCAGGGGGACCCAGGACGCCCAGGUGAACCGGGGCUGCCAGGCGCUCGGGGUCUGACAGGCAAUCCUGGGGUGCAGGGUCCUGAAGGGAAACUCGGACCUUUGGGCGCUCCGGGGGAGGAUGGCCGCCCCGGGCCUCCCGGCUCCAUCGGAAUCCGGGGGCAGCCUGGGACCAUGGGGCUCCCCGGCCCCAAGGGGAGCAGUGGUGAUCCUGGCAAACCUGGGGAAGCGGGGAAUGCUGGUGUCCCUGGACAGAGGGGAGCUCCGGGGAAGGACGGUGAAGUCGGCCCUUCUGGGCCUGUGGGCCCCCCGGGCCUCGCCGGGGAGAGAGGCGAGCAGGGCCCCCCUGGCCCGACCGGCUUUCAGGGGCUCCCAGGCCCCCCAGGGCCUCCUGGGGAAGGUGGAAAGCCAGGUGACCAGGGAGUUCCUGGCGAUCCGGGGGCCGUGGGCCCACUGGGACCUCGAGGAGAGCGCGGAAACCCGGGGGAGCGAGGAGAGCCCGGAAUAACGGGGCUGCCUGGCGAGAAGGGCAUGGCUGGCGGGCACGGUCCCGAUGGCCCCAAAGGCAGUCCGGGGCCAGCUGGAACCCCCGGCGACACAGGCCCCCCAGGCCUUCAGGGCAUGCCCGGGGAGCGAGGGAUCGCAGGGACGCCGGGCCCCAAGGGCGACAGGGGCGGCAUCGGAGAGAAGGGUGCUGAAGGCACAGCUGGGAACGACGGAGCAAGAGGUCUGCCAGGCCCCUUGGGCCCCCCGGGUCCUGCAGGUCCCACCGGAGAAAAGGGUGAACCUGGCCCUCGAGGUUUGGUCGGCCCGCCUGGCUCCCGUGGCAAUCCGGGCUCCCGUGGUGAAAACGGCCCAAUUGGUGCUGUCGGUUUUGCUGGCCCCCAGGGUCCCGAUGGGCAGCCAGGCGUGAAGGGGGAGCCCGGAGAGCCAGGACAGAAGGGAGACGCCGGCUCUCCGGGGCCACAGGGGCUGGCAGGAUCCCCAGGCCCCCACGGCCCGAACGGUGUCCCCGGACUCAAAGGCGGGCGAGGAACGCAGGGCCCACCGGGCGCGACCGGAUUCCCUGGUUCUGCCGGCCGAGUUGGACCCCCAGGCCCUGUCGGAGCUCCAGGGCCGGCGGGGCCCCUCGGGGAGCCCGGGAAGGAGGGGCCUCCGGGUCUUCGCGGGGACCCCGGCUCUCACGGGCGAGUGGGAGAUCGUGGACCAGCCGGCCCCCCCGGGGGCCCAGGAGACAAAGGGGACCCCGGAGAAGACGGGCAGCCUGGUCCGGAUGGCCCUCCUGGCCCAGCGGGCACCACCGGGCAGAGAGGGAUCGUCGGCAUGCCGGGGCAGCGCGGGGAGCGAGGCAUGCCCGGCCUGCCGGGCCCUGCGGGCACUCCAGGAAAGGUGGGAGCGACGGGUGCCACCGGAGACAAAGGGCCCCCCGGGCCCGUGGGCCCCCCAGGCUCGAACGGCCCUGUCGGGGAGCCGGGACCUGAGGGUCCGGCGGGCAACGACGGCACUCCGGGACGGGACGGCGCUGUUGGCGAACGCGGUGAUCGCGGAGACCCCGGGCCCGCAGGCCUGCCGGGCUCUCAGGGUGCCCCGGGCACGCCCGGCCCCGUCGGCGCCCCCGGAGACGCAGGACAGAGAGGAGACCCGGGUUCCCGCGGCCCCAUAGGACCCCCUGGUCGAGCUGGGAAACGUGGCUUACCUGGACCCCAAGGACCUCGUGGUGACAAAGGCGAUCACGGGGACCGCGGCGAUCGCGGCCAGAAGGGCCACAGAGGGUUCACCGGCCUGCAGGGCCUUCCCGGGCCGCCGGGUCCAAAUGGAGAGCAAGGCAGCGCUGGGAUCCCGGGACCGUUCGGCCCCAGAGGUCCUCCAGGCCCGGUGGGUCCGUCAGGGAAGGAAGGAAACCCCGGGCCGCUGGGCCCCAUCGGGCCUCCUGGCGUGCGGGGCAGCAUCGGGGAGGCGGGGCCCGAGGGUCCUCCGGGCGAGCCGGGCCCGCCUGGCCCUCCGGGUCCCCCGGGCCACCUCACGGCUGCCCUUGGGGACAUCCUGGGGCACUACGACGAGAGCAUGCCAGACCCCCUCCCCGAGUUCACAGAAGACGAGGCGGCUCCUGACGACAAGAACAAGACGGACCCUGGCGUCCACGCCACCCUCAAGUCCCUCAGCAGCCAGAUCGAGACCAUGCGGAGCCCCGACGGCUCCAAGAAGCACCCGGCCCGCACCUGCGACGACUUAAGGCUCUGCCACUCGGCGAAGCACAGCGGUGAGUACUGGAUUGACCCUAACCAGGGGUCCGUGGAAGACGCCAUCAAAGUUUUCUGCAACAUGGAGACGGGAGAGACGUGCAUCUCAGCCAACCCGGCGAGCGUCCCCCGGAAAACCUGGUGGGCCAGCAAGUCGCCGGACCACAAGCCCGUGUGGUACGGCCUCGACAUGAACAGGGGAGCUCAGUUUGCUUAUGGAGACCACCAGUCGCCCAACGCAGCCAUCACCCAGAUGACCUUCCUGCGCCUCUUGUCCAAAGAAGCCUCACAGAACAUCACCUACGUCUGCAAGAACAGCGUCGGCUACAAGGACGACGAAGCGCAGAACCUCAAGAAAGCCGUGGUCCUCAAGGGGUCCAACGACUUGGACAUCAGAGCGGAAGGGAACGUCAGAUUCAGAUACAUCGUCCUUCAAGACACGUGCUCCAAACGGGACGGCAACGUGGGCAAGACGGUGUUUGAGUACCGAACCCAGAACGUGGCGCGCUUGCCCAUCAUAGACCUCGCCCCCGUGGAUGUGGGCGGCACAGACCAAGAAUUUGGCAUCGAGAUCGGGCCAGUUUGCUUUGUGUGAAGCAGCCACGGCCCGUCGACAGCGAGCAACACCCUCACCGCCCCUGGCCCCCCGGUCACGAGAACCUGGCCUGCGUGAAGCUGAUCCUGAGACUCUUGAAGUAGCGGCUGGCUGCGGCCUGCGUUGUACAUAUGGUCCUACGUGCCUGGCCUCCUUCGCCUUCAGAAUAUUUAUUUUACUUACAGUCCUCCGUGUCCAUUGAGUUGAAGUAUUUUUCAAUACAGAAGUUUAGGUUUAAGAUGACCAAUGACAAUGACCACCUUUUAAAAACAAGUAAAUAGAUUGAAUACAUAAGUCUUUGUUUUCUUCAGUUUAUUUCAAUGUCAUGAUAGAGUUGCUUAGUAUUUAUGAGAACAUUCUUCUUCCUGGCAGGUAGCCUAGAGAGUGGGGUCUGUAAAACCACAGCACGUGUUUAUUCCUCUGGCUGCAGCUUGAAAAAUAGAAGAUAGUGCCUUUCUGUGACCUCUCAGACCCAGAUGAUCAAUUAAAAGUGAAAUCAAAAUGUUUGCCCUUGUGAUUGAAGCCCUCAUGCGUGUCUUGAUAUUGUAGAACUAUCAGAGAGACUCUUGAAAGAGAAUCUUGAAAAAAAUAGUUCCUCGCUGGUUUAAGUGGACUUUUUAAAUAAUACAUAGUCAGUGAAUUUUCUUGAAAACAAAGUGAACUUAGAUUUUAUAAAGGGCGGUAAGUGUAGACUUUCUCCUUACUCAGAUUUAAAGGUAUCGUUCCCCGUUGACUUAGUCUAUUGAUACAGCUGGAAGUUACACGAGUAAACCAUUGAGUACAGCCCUUCCUUGUCUAAGAAGACAUUGAUGCAAACAUUCACACAUACAACCUUCUAAACGUGCCGAGGACCAGGGCUCAGAGUCUUCCGAUGACAGCAUCACCGUCCGGAAGCCUGUAGCGGAGGAAAGCGUUAGAAACCCAGCCGUGGGGCUGACUAAUCAGAUGCGACGAUUGGAAGUAGACCAUCUGGCCAUUGAACUCUCUGAGGAAACAUGACCAACAUGUCUUAGCAUGAGCUACCUCAUCUCUAGAAGCUGGGAUGGACUUCCUGUUCUUGUUUAUAUUUUAGAUACUAAAAGGUGCUAUGCUUCUGUUGUUAUUCCAAGACUGGAGAUAGGCAGGGCUGAAAUGUGUUAUUACUUUUCCUUUAAUGAUGGUGCUAAAACCCCUUCCAUAAAAUUCUUUAAAAAUAAAGAUGGUUUCAUCAGUGCCGUUUGUGAAAGCUUUAGACUUGCCCGUUUCUGAAAGAGGGGCCGUGGCUCCAGGCCUUCCCACUGCCCACCUGUCACGCUGUCCCUGGGAUGCCUGUAACCUGCCUGCUUCUUACGUCCGAGCAUGUAGGGCCCCAUGUCUCAAGGUUGUUGUUCUUCCUUAAUUGCUUUUUGUUGGCUCCGUUUUAAUUUUUUCUUUAACAAUCAACAGCCAGGACCAUCCCAGAGGACAAGCCACGCACACAACUGUAGUCAUGUAUCUGCACGGCAUCGAAUUAAAUGCACGCUUUUGUCACGUCAA